AGCAGCACGACCCACCCCCCCUUCACUGCCUUCACACGAUGACAACGAAAGCAUGUCGACUGGGACAUAACGAUCGUCAGUGCGAGUUGCCGGUGGCGAAUGUCCUCGAAGCGAAAGAUCAGGAGACCCACACGCCGGUCCUGCGCCGUCAUCAGAAGGCAAGACGUCGACGUCAUUGAUGAUGUCGUCAAGACGAAGACGCUGCACGACGUUGACAUUGGCAGAUGGCACAGCCCGGUCUCUGAAUUGGCGCCCGGGCAUACGAGCAACACGAUGUGCACGAUGGCCAUGUUUCGAUGGUGUGACGACAAUGUCUGGGGACCGGCUCUCGCAGGAGUUCUCAGGAGUAUCGGGCGCGGGGGUGCGACUGCCCUCACUGAGCAAAACGAGGAGGAAGAAGAUGGGGGAAGCUGCGGUCCACGUGAAGACGACGGUGAUGACGAGUAUAUGGAUGUCGGGGAUGAGAACAUGCAGGACCAAAACAUGCUUGGCGAUGACGACGUCGGUGUCACGUCGGAGCAUGGACCUGACGACAUCCCCACCAGUUCUGUGGGAGCGGCUGUUGGUCGGCCCUUGUCGUCCCCUGCGAUAUGGCAUUCGCAAGGCGGGAGUCAGGGUGGGCAUGACUCGCAGGAGCACGGAGGAUCAAAGUCGAGGAAAAGGACAAGAGAAACUUCUCCUUCUGCUUCCGCUCACAAGAGACAAGCGAGGACUGACGCUGUUAAUGAGGCUCGUGGAGCUCUGGUGGCAUCCCAGGAGGCGAGACCUCCUCGAAAGAGCAGCCAGGGGGGAAGAUCUGGCGGUCGUGGCGGCGGUCGUGGUGGCGCAAGAAAAGGUAAGCAGAUAGUGAGGGCAGAAGAACUGCGGGACUCAGGGGAUGAGGGCAAGGAAGUGGGCCCUCGCAUGCCCGACGAUGGUGAUGAACCGCUUCAACACGAUGUGCGCAUCGACAUGACGCGUUGUUUCUUCCUCGAGUACGAUGAGCGGGGUUUUGCUAAGCAAAAAGUCCUUCUUGUUCUUGUGGACGUCAUGAAAAUCAAACGCAUUCCCCGCGGGAAUAUUCUUUUCAACCACCACUCUUUGUCUGCGAACAUUGUGCGAGGCAUCGUGAAUGCCAUCGAGAGUUCCAUCACCACGGAACCGGGGGCAUGGGAUAGGCCUGACCUCGUGCUUGCGCCGGUUGACCGCAACGACAUCGUUGGCGGGCAGGCUAGGCGGAUAACUCCGACCGAAUUCUUCCAAAAAGACUUCUCGGAGUUCGAUUGGUAUGCUGUCUGUGGUCAGCAUACGGUUGAGGCCAUGAAGACAUUGGUAAAAAAAGGCUCUCUGGCAGUCGACGUCUAUGGCCUUCGCGCGUACUCUAAGGUGCGGGUCGUCUAUUUUGGAGAUGAGCAUACGCGAGGGUAUUUCAAUGUCUCCGCCUUCGACAACACGCGCGAAAAUCGGGCCAUGAUGUUGUCCUUCGAGGAUGCUGUCCGUGAUAUGAGGCAAUGGUGGAUCGAUAACCAUCGAAUCGAGGCCCCGAAAAGCAAGGUCAGCGAUAAGGAUGCGGUCGCCGUUGCACACCAAAAGAAGUGGCAGAAUUUCUUAAGGGCCUCCAUUGGGAAGGCAUGCGACAAGGCGUUCGUGAAGCAAGCGCUCGAGAAUGAGUACAGUAAGGAUUGCAACAAUAAACUCCGUGGCUACAUGAACCUCGCCACAUUCAUCGAGGCUGUGUGGCCACUGGUCGAGAAGUUCUUGGUGAUGUUCAACGAGGGGAAGCUGCCAGUUGGCGAUCGUAAAAUACCGCUUGACAUGCCGGGUAGGAUGGAGGGGCGCCAGCCAGGCCCGUACACCGACGAGACGAAGGGGCAAAGAACAUUAUACCAUUGCAUAUACGUGAGAGAUGGUCCCAAAGGCUCCACCGUGACGUGGAAGGAUCUCUGUCCUUCCUACUUCAAAAAUUUUGGGGAUUUGAUGUGCCGCGAGAGGGAAGUUGCACUGCUCCUCCUCAUGAAAGGGAAGGUGGUCGCGACGAACGUCAAGGUCAUGCCUCUGAGAGUGAAUACAGAGUGCCUCCUCGACAUCAUGCGCAAGGAACGGUACAUGGUCCGUAUGUUCAACUACGUUGUUUUUCGCGCCGAGGGAAGGGCGGACGAUGAGUGGAAUGAUGCCUUCUUCAUAUCAUACAAGGACCUCGAAGACAGGUUUGGGCCGAAUGGUCUGUGUGCAGCUGAAUGGGAGAAGGAACGGGACAAGCUGCAUGUGCAAAGUGAUGUUCUGCGUUGCUUAUUCCAGUGGGAGAACAUCGAACUCAUCCUCGGGACCUGGAAACAGGUGGGCAGACCAUCGACUGACAUCACGAGGUAUGGCAAUAUCGCUACGGCGAGUCGAGACAUGAUGGCCAUUGUCCUGCACGCGGAGGGAGGGGAUCUCAGAAAGGUCACGGUCGCACCCCGCCUUGUCAAUGACCUCACAAACCUGCAUGUUGUGGAGGACAAGUUCGGGAAGUGUCUGGGGAAACACGGUGGCAUAGAGGGCGAUGAAAAUGUGGUGCAUUCCAUCUGGGAGCGAGAGCCUGACAAGUUGCGUUCGCUGUGCGGGUCAUUCGUCGGGGAGGCGGAAGGUGUGCUUUUAUUGGGUAGGGCGCACGCGAGUCUUGUGUGGGAAUUCUUACUGGCAGGGAAUAAUGUCAUUGCCUGUGACGAGUCGGCAAAGGACAUUGCAUACUUGACAAAGUUCAUCGAUAUACUUGUCAAGGACGACAGAUUCAACUGCCACGUCAAGAAACAGCGGUGCAAACAUCGCCCAAAUAGGGACAUGUUCCACAAGUUGGGGCAGAGACUGAAGGUGUGGGAGUACCUGUUCUGCGAUAUGUCACAAGGAUGGCUUGACGGGAAAUAUAUAUACAGGAAAGCAAAGGCAACAGAGACCCUCAAACAUUAUCACGGUGCUCUCACUGACGCCUUUGAGACUUUUGUUGCUCGAUGCGAGAACCUCAAGUUUGAUCUUCGCAAAGACCAAUUGACGUCCAAGGACUACACGGAGCUCGCGAAAUCGGGCAAUGGCUUUAACCCCGUCGACAACGAGGAAGAUUCUUCGGACUCCGACCUCGAACUGGGCAAGGACACAUGUGCUGAGGUUCCGCGCGGAGGAAUGGUGCAAGCUCAUGAUGACGGAACUGUCCAUUCGCACGAAGGGUCCAUCCCGGUGGCCGCCCCAAGCGUUGCCUCAAUGGUAGCCCCGUUGGAGAUUGCUGCAUUGCAAGACAAUGGAAGAUGCGGUGGCAAUGAAGAAGACGACAUUGAGAUACCAGGCGAGGCGUCGACGCUCGCACCAGGCGAUGCAAUUCCUCCAGGCUACUGUGCUGACCCGAACACGAUUUAUUUCUUGGAGGGCAAAUACACCCACACAGGCGAGGAUCAAUGGGGCCAUGUAAUCAUAUGGCAUGAGGGCGUUUUACAGCCGUGCAUCCAAGAUGGAGAGUGGAAGAUGGCGGUGAAAUACACAAGCGGUUGGAAGACUUUUCGCCGGAUGUCAAAGGACAUCUGGUUGAAAACGACGGAGCUCGCGAUCCUGCAUCUCGUGCGCGUCGAGAAUCCAGGGCAGAGCCAGACCGCCAUCAAAGCCAAGACCGAAAAAUUGUUUCAUGUCUUGCGCGACAAUCGGCAACUGGAGUACAGCAACAAAUUUUAUGCCUUGCGCUCGAGUCCCUCACGCGGGUCAAUCAACUGGAAGGUUGAUCAAACCGCCAGAACCUUGGAGGGGAGCUGCUCUCAUGAUUUCAUGCCUUCGGCUGAGCCGGCCUCCGUGGCCGCGCAAGCAGGGCUCAGGGGAGAUGACGAGACUACUGUUGUCGGGCCUCAAGAGGUUGACAUGACGUCAAUGCCGCAAAUAUUGAAAAAAUCCAUCUCGGUCGCCACGGCACAAUCGUCCCCGCCCAUCGAGGUGUCAACGACGUUGCCGCCAGAUGCAGGUGCCAUGUACGGGAGUUUAUUGAUAACAAAUGUUGCAAUGCAAGACAGAUCCGAGAUCGAGUCAGAAUAUGAUGUUGGGUCGAGCGUGGCGGAGAGUCAGUUGCAACCGUCUUUAUGCACUGGCAAAGGUGAUGCACAAUCACCGCUGACACCACAGGGAGGGGCCGGUGGGGAUGGCGGGAAGGGAGGGGAUGUGGAGGGAAUGCACCGUUCUCGCAACCUCGACACCUUAACCGCUGAUAUUGAUUAAAAGGGUGAGGAUGAGUUAGGCGGGAGGGGUGCAAUUGGAGGGGAGAAUCCAGUGAUAUAAUUACAACUUCACCUCUGCCUUGUUGAAUGAAAUUGUGUAAUUGAC